GCCGGCACCGCCUCUGUCGUCUGCUAGGCCGCUGCCGUCGGCUCCAACAGGGACAGCCGUUUGUGGAAAAUCGAAGUUAUGUCCGCUUUUAAUUUUAAGGCGCCGGAAGGGGGCGUUAUUUAACGAGCGAAAUGGUCGUGAGGGUUGCGAGAGGGUUCGGCGGCCCAGUGCGCUCGCAGGGAAGUCCGACGGUAGUCAUUGUGUGGUGAACCCGGUGAACCCCAUCGCCUGCCAAGUCUUGACAGCCAAUUAGUGCUAUGAGAGAACUGCAAAUAUGGAUCUGACCAAAGUGCGAAACGAAAGGAAACUUGAGAUAUGCAGACUUUAUGCCAGAGCUGGCUGGGCGUUCCUGCCUCUUUUGUGGGCCGUCAAUUUUGUUUGGUUUUACAAAGCAGCUUUCACUGCGGAUCCUUACCCCGAGCAAAAAGAAAUAAAGAGAUAUGUUUUACUCUCUGGCGUGGGUGCACUUCUGUGGAUUAUUGCAUUGACCAUCUGGAUAGUUUUGUACCAAACACAUCGUAUUGAAUGGGGAGACUGGGGGGAAUCUAUUUCAUUCAUAAUACCCACUGGAAGUCCAUAGCUUCCUCAAAUUCAUGUGUAGAGUGCCUUAAACUGUAUCAUGCUUUGCUAUCUCUGGUGAUUUAUUAUUAGAGAAAGCUAUUCUCAAAUGAGUUUUGUAUAUACUGUAGAGUCUUGUAGAUAGUUUGGUUUUGUUUGUUGUUUUUCUCAGUAUAAAGCAGUUCUCAUGUAAUUUAUGUGCGAGUGUGCAACGGUAUGCAAGUUCCUGUGAAAUAUGUAGGAAACCACAAAAUUUUCAUGGGGUAUUUCAUCCUAAUGGCUUGCUCUUUGUGGUUUAGUUGUGUCUUCUUUCUUUUUCUUCAUUGAUAAAAAGUUUUCUGUAUUUUGAUGUCAUUUAGAAAAGUUUGUGACCUUUUCUUAAAAAUCGCAAAUAAGUCAGUUGGAUUGUAAUAAGUCAUGUGUGAAAAAAUAAAAAAACCAUGCAAUAUUGAAA